AUGGCAGCAACAAACCAAACAAUACCCUUCGAAGCUCUCCCGCUAGACCCGACAGGCCCUCGCGGAAAUGCCUGGGGACGAUUCGGACCCAACGAUGAACUAGGAACUUUGAACCUUCUUACACCAGAGGUGAUCGUAGAGGCUGCCAAGGAAAUUCAGACCGGAGUGCGCAUCUCGCUGGACUGGCCACUCAGCAUGCCCUCUUAUCCGAGCUUCAACCGGAAUCCGUUCAAGCAGGAGAUCGUGCUAAGGAACCCGAACUGUGUUUUCGACGACAUCUUGACGUUUAACAGCCAAGGCUCCUCUCAGUGGGAUGGCUUCAGACAUUAUGCUAAUCAGAAGUCACGGAAGUUUUAUAAUGGACACACAACGGACGAAAUCCAGAACUCGAACGUGAUCGGUCUUCAUACGGUUGCUGAGCAUGGCGGCAUGACUGGCCGUGGCGUCUUGCUAGAUUUUGCCGACUGGGCAGCAACAAACUCCGUCUCAGUCUCGGCGCUCGAGUCUGAGGCUAUCACUUUGGACAACCUCAAGCAGGUGGUGAAAGACUACAAGCUCGAAUUCAGACGGGGUGACAUCUUAUUCAUCCGCAGUGGAUUCACCGCAGCCUACAACGGCUUGAACGAGCAGCAACGGAUAGACAUGCCAAAUCGCCCAAACCCAGAUUUCAGUGGUGUGGAAGCGACUGAAGGUAUGGUACGAUGGCUCUGGGAGCAUCAGUUUGCCGCUGUUGGAGGUGAUGCACCGAGUUUCGAGCGCGCCCCAAUUCGUGGUAGCCAUGCAGACCCUGACUACAACCUUCACGAGUGGGUUUUGGCGGGAUGGGGUACUCCCAUUGGUGAGAUGUUUGAUCUGGAGAAACUCUCGGCACAUUGUAAGGCUACAGGAAGAUAUAGUUUCUUCCUGUCUAGUAUGCCGCUCAAGUCAUCCUGUCACUGGAUUGGACGCUCGACUGACUCAAACCAGGUUGUUGGUGGAGUGGCUAGUCCACCAAAUGCUUUCGCUAUUUUCUAA